UGGGUUGGGUGCCCCAUCCCCGAGGGCACGGUUCCGUGUCCAGGGCCACUGAGCUGGGCAUGGGGCACUGUUGGGGAGGGGGGAGGAUCUGGAGGCCCUGUCGGCCAAGGCGUUUGAGGUCUCAAGCAGACCCGGGAGAAGAGUGUUGCUGGGCCAGAAGCAGUAGUUAUUGGCCAAGGUGUUGGUGUCGGGCAAAGGUGGGCGAGGACAGGCACUUUCACGGAUGGCAUGAGUGCUAGGGGACACGGGGGCCCCAGAGUUUGAGUUUCAGUAUAAUUUGGGAGUUGCCGUGUCACUGGGUGGGUCGAUGAGUCAUGAGAUUUGGAAAUCACAGAACCCUUUCCUGCCGAUCAGUUCUGAGUGGUGGAAAUCAAUAGGGCUAAGAUUUGGAGAAGUGGUUUGAGGCCAUGUCUUUGGACACCAGGUGCUCUGGUGGCCACCAGUCCCCAUGUAAGGGACUUUAGGAGCUGUGUGUCCCAGAGCGCUGUGAUUCACAGGCUUUGGCCUGGGGUGGGGUUAAGGAGGGUCUUUGUGGUGGCCAGCUCCGUGCCUUCCUUCCUUUCCAGGCUGUCAGGAUUCAGCUGUGUUCCUGUGGGGAGUGGGUUAAAAAUUCCUUCAGCCUACAAUCAGCUUUACAGUAUCCACCAGGGGCAGGAGGGACAUAUACAUGCGUGACUGCAGCAGCAUUCUCUGUCGUGGAGCCCUCGCGCUUCUUCACUGUUGCCAUAGUAACUGCCUAUUGAUGGUGUAUUUAUAGGGGAAGAAGCAGGCGCUAAAUUUUGGGGAGGGAGGGGGAGGAGGCCUCAUGGCAGGCAGCAGCAGCAGUGAUGGUGGCUACAGAAUUGCUAAUGCAGUGGGCAAUGCCAUGUGAGCUGUUUUGGGGAGAUCUUGGCUCCUUUGAAGCUUAGAAAUGAACUAAUGACUUCUGCAGGUGCCAGAAUAACCUACACUUGGGUCCGUGAUAUGUGUGGGUGUGCAUGUACCAAAGUCUAUGUGUUUGGGACAAAAGGUAGCUGGCUGUAUGUAUGCUAUUAUGUAAUUUUUCCAUGUAAAAAAAAAUUAAAAACAUCGCAGUUCCCUUCCAUAAGCAAUGAAGCAUAUUUUUCUUUCUUCCCUUAUUAGUGAAGCCUUUGCUCAUUCUUUUCAAACACUGACACAACGGUUCCAUUUUCCUUCAACCAAAAGACCUUGCUGUCAGGCUUGAUAGCCCCACACCUCAAGACAUGGGCUUUGGAUAUCCAUAAUGAAGGCAGAAUUUUGAGAUAAUGUCCCAUCUUUACCAUUAUAAACAUUAAGUGACAACUAUCACAAAAUGGUAGGCCCAUGUUUUGGCAAAUUCACAUUCAUAUGUCAAGAGUCUUUGGUGAGAUUGUUGCAAGAUUCAAUAGAGAAAGCCCCUUGACAUGGUGAUACCACAGAUGGAUGUUUGAUUUGUUGUUUUUUCUUUCAUUGUGAAUUUAUCCAUGCUUUCUGUCCUACCUUUUUGCCAAGAGGAUUAGAAACCACAGUGUAAAUGUACAAUAGGAUUCUGGAAACAUAAAUAGAAAACCACACCAACUUUUAGGAGAGAAGCAUAUGUGCCUAACAGCUGGGGCCCCAGGGCGCAUGUGCUGGACUAUCAGUGUUAACACUGAACUCCCUGGCAGCCUAGGCAAAAAGGGUAGCAUAAUGGGUUACACAGCUCACAUGUCUUGCAUCCCGUUAGUCAUAAAACAUGAGCUUCUGCUUGGGGAGGGGAACAGUGGGGAUGAUUGCUCCCAGAUGUGGAUGGCCUGUCCAGUGCUCCAGAAUAUGGUGGAUGAGUGCAUGGGAAUGUGUGUUGCAAGGAGGGGCAGGAGAGUGGUACACUGUGCCCAUGGUUUACAUAUUGGCCAGAUAACUCCUUAGGAGAAAAUGAGAGGAGGCUGUGAGAUGCUAGUUCAUGUUAGAGGCAACUCUUCUAGUUAGUAUCUCAGGGGUGUUUGUGUGUGUGUGUGUAGGUGUGGGUGUGUUUGCAUGCACAUGUGUGUGUUGAGGAUGGAACACAGGACCUUGCACAUGCUAAGCAAGUGCUCUGUCCCUGAGCUCUAUUGCAGCCCUUUGUCUCAGUUUUGAUUGUUUAAAUCCAUUUCUUGGUACUCUGCUUCACUGGACUUUAACACAAAGAGACUGAGAGAUGCCUUCUUCCAGAACAGCCCAGUUAUCUUGCCUCCCUGAAUGGUGAAAAUGAACCGAGCAGGUUAUCUUGUUUUGGGAUUGUAAGAAUAUGACUGUGUUGUAGGUGGGGGAUCUGACCAUGCAGAACAGGUGUGUGCAGAUGGUUACUGUAGGACAUUGGAGAUGAUUGUUGUUGUCUUAAGUUUGGUUUUCAAGGAAUGUGCUUAUCAUUAAAGGCAUCUGGGACCUGAAUUCAGGUCCUGUCUCUGUUGUGGUUCAUUUGCUUAACCUUGCCCAAUCUCCCCCUCCCCCUUUUCUCUGGGCUUCAUUUCCUUAUCUGUCUCUGAGGUCCUUUCCAGUGUGAAGGCACAAAGAUUCAUUGAGGGGGUGAGGAAGGAAAGAGCUUUAGCUUGUAGGAGUUUUCCUUUUUAAAGAAAAAGGUCAACCCUUAUGUGUUCCUGGGGGAAAUAGCUGAAAGCUUUGCUUUGGGCUGUUGGGUCCCUGGGAAGCUCUAGAGAAGAGCCUGAGGGAGAAUGAGAACAACGGGAGGUAUGAGUGGAGGGCAUGGAGGGUGCUGCACCUCAUGAUGUGCUGCCUUGAUCUUUUGACCAGGCGAGUGAGCCACUGAAGCCUAAGGGAGCAUCAUGGCAGUGUUUCUGGAGGCCAAGAAUGCACAUUCUGUCCUGAAACGGUUCCCUCGUGCCAACGAGUUCCUGGAGGAGCUGCGCCAGGGCACCAUUGAGCGAGAGUGCAUGGAAGAGAUCUGCAGCUAUGAGGAAGUCAAGGAGGUGUUUGAGAACAAAGAGAAAACGAUGGAGUUCUGGAAGGGGUACCCCAAUGCUGUCUACUCAGUCCGAGACCCCUCCCAGAGUUCGGAUGCCAUGUAUGUGGUUGUGCCCCUUCUAGGAGUAGCGUUGCUGAUUGUCAUCGCUUUGUUCAUCAUCUGGAGGUGCCAGCUGCAGAAAGCAACUCGUCAUCACCCCUCCUAUGCUCAGAACCGGUACCUAGCCAGUCGCACCGGGCACAGCCUCCCCCGGGUCAUGGUGUAUCGCGGCACUGUGCAUAGCCAGGGAGAGUCCUCUGGUCACCGUGAGGCUGGGAGCACCCAACAGGUGGUGCUGGGGUCUGGCCGAGGGGGCAGAGCCACAGUCCGGCUUGAGAGCACUCUCUACCUCCCUGAGCUCUCUCUCUCCAGGCUGUCCAGUGCCACUCCUCCUCCCUCCUACGAGGAGGUGACCGCACCCCAGGAGGGCAGCAGUGGGGAGGCCAGUGUCUCUUACAGUGAUCCACCCCCAAAAUAUGAGGAGAUAGUGGCUGCCAGCCCUGGUGCAGACAAGUAGUAGGUCACUUGUUCUGGCCUGUGUGAAAGCCUCUUUCUGAGGCCUCCUGUUUUCUUUUCAACUUUUGAAAGACUGUGCCACCACAAAACAGCCUUAGCCUCCUUGUUGCCAAAUAAUUCCCUAACCGUGGAUUUUUAGGAAGUCAGUUGUCAGAGACAGGUGGGGAGGAUGGGGGUCAGGAACACACAUGAGGCAAAGCCCCCUGGGAAGAGCUACACACCUGAGAGCCCAGCUCUUCCCAAACCUCCCAAACCCCCACUGUCCUGUCCUCCCAUCAGGGACUGGCUUCUCUUAAUGCCAAAGGAAUCAGUCCAUUGUGUUGAUUGUGGCUGGAGCUGUGGGGCUGGCUGGAGACCUGUGUAUGGGCCCAGAGGUGAGGGAGAGAAGCCAGCCCUAUAGCACCAGUCUUCCUCAAUAGUUCUGUGCUUUCUGUCCUCUCUUACGUUGUAACGAUGGGACAAGGAUUUAGCAACAACAAAACGAAUCAUGUAAUUACAAAACAUGUAAUAACAAAGAUGAAUAACAAACAAAACAAUAGCACCCAGGCCAUUCUUAUGAGGCCUAGGGAAGUCAGUUGCACAGUUCUGUGACUCCACCCCCACCCUCCUGACCAGGUCUGUGUGAAGGAUGCAGGGCAGGCGGCUGGGUAGCAGAGCUACUCCAUGCAGAUUGACCAAGGGGUCCACAAGAACUGUGCCACCCUUUUUUGGUGUGCUUGAUCUCCCCAGACCUGUAUACCAGCUCUGUUAAAACCACUACCCAUAGGCCUGAGCCCACUUGCAGCCCAGAAGCACUUUGUCCUGGGGAAAACUGAUGCUCCUGACCCUGCCUGUAGAGUUCAUGCCCUCCUAAAGGACUGGGCUGCAGGCUGGGUCCUGUAGCUGAAGUCUUCUCCUGGUGUGGUUGAUUAAUCCACAGGACAAUUAAACCCAUGAGAUUGGCCUCCUCAGCAUGGAGCUCUCUGGCUUUGAAAUUUUAGGAUACUUCCCUUUUUGUGAAUAGAUGCAUUGAACUUGAACUUCAGAUUGAUGAUUUCUCCUUAAUGAUGGUGCCCACCUGAGGAGAAGAUCCCAAAGUGUGUCUUUUUCAAAAUUUAUUUGUGUGGGAGCCCAUGACCUGGGGUUGAAGGCCCAUCCAGGGUUUGCUCUGCCAUGGCUAGGUGCUGGUCCAUUUAUGGUGAGGCUUUGGGCAGCAACUGGGCAAGGUGACCUGCUUUGUAACUGUGCCAGUAACCAUGCAAAAGGCAUUGUUGAUACCAUCUCUCUCCACCUCCUCACCAUCCUCCUGGCUGCAGUGCCAAAUCAUUUUUCCUCUGUGGUGCUUUAAAAAAUGUAGCAAAUUUUUUGGGGCCCAAAAGAGUGCAGAGCAAGGGUCUAUUGGCAACUGCAGCAAUUUAAAGCCCACUGAUAACAAGCUUCCUUGUCUAAACAGCUCUCCAAGGCAGACAUCCCGGGACUCAUUCCCUGCAUACAGCCUUGCCUUGGGGCCACAGAUGAUUUCUGGAGGCCCCAUUCAGUCCUGGGGAAAGUCCCAGGAUAUGGUCAAAGUCAGGAGGCUGACAGCUUGGCUAAUGUGAUCCUGUGGGUAUGUUUUCCCAUCCUUCCUUCUUCCUCACAGCCUCAGGAGGUUGACUAAGCUAAUGCUUGAAGCACCAUCGAGCCAGUGAGGCUUGCCCUUAGGGGGAUUCUUCUAGAAAUAUGUAAGGUUUUCUGAGGGCCUUUCUGCCUCUGAUGUUGAGUCUCAACCUGAGGAAUCUCCAGCCAGAUGACCCUUUUUGUAUCCUUUGCCCUCUCCUCAGUGUUCUCUAAUGCCAGAGAUGCUGACCAGGUGGCAUUCCCACUUGCCUACCUUCCUCUUUCCCUUCCCUGGACCACUAGCAUUGCACUCCUGCCCUUCCUCAUGAAGGGACUUUUGGCCUGAAAGGUCCCUUACUUUUUCAAUGAUGGAAACUGGGGCCAAUUCCAUUCAGCCAUGUUGGAGGACCUGGAGAAAUCCAGAAAGUCUGGGGCCAGCCCCAGUUUUCCCAGGAUUUUCUCAAGCAGGUGCCCAAGAGUGACCUGGGAGUAUGUGAAAAGAGACCUAGCCCAAUGUGUCUCCCUUCCCCCUACCAGGUAGCAGAGAACCAGGCAUAGGCUCCGCUCACCAGAGCCAGAGGGAUUAUGCCAAGGAAUGCCCACUGCCCGUGGCAUCUAUUGAGCCCAGUAUCUUGAGGCUGAGUGGUGGCCAACAGAAAGAGUAGGAAGCAGAAGCCUGGAGACUGGCCUGUGGAGGGCAGCAGGUGUUCCUUGGGCUGAGGACAGACUGCAGGGAGAGCCAGAGGCAAUUCUUUAAAGCCUGUGGUCUCUGGUUCAGGUGCUUCACAGAGUUUUUCCAGGUGGGGUUGUGCCAAAGCCUCUGGGAUGGUUUUUGCAGCAUAUAGUAGAAGAAAAAAGACUGUAGAGUAUGCACAGUGGGUAGAACUCCUUGCGGUGCACACUUGGCUUUUACGAAUGCCCUGUACAUAUCUUUUCAAACUGUCUUUGUAUGAAUGUUGAUUUGAUACAAUGCUAACACUUCAGUAGCCACAUUUUUGUUGUUUUUGGACUUGUGUAUGAGUGUGUGUGUGUAUACACGUAUGCACGUUGCCUUUUCUCAUUGCUUAUCUGAAACAAUAGCCGGUGUGCGGCUAUAUUUGUACCAGGAGGGAUCCGGUCUGAAAGAAGGAAUGUCCCCUCCUAGGGCUGGGCAGCCUUGACAGGGCCCUGAGUGAGGAAAACUGAGAUUAACUGUUGGAGCCCCCACCCAAAGUCAUCACUUUUUGUCCCCCAACAAAAGGCUUUGGAAGAAGAUGAAGGCGUUUCACUCUGUGGGUCCCCCACUCACACUCUUUUGGCAUGGUGCCCCUGCCUUGGCUCUGUUCUGUGGGCAUCAGAAGCUGAAGGAAUUCUCAGUACUCCUGGAUACUUUUUUUGUGUGUGUGCGUGUGUGUGUGGAAAGAUGUGUGACAAUUGACUUUGGGAAUGGUGGGGCUAGUUACUUAGAUAUUUUUCAUUAAAAAAGAAAAGGCUUUAAAAAGUUCCUUGAAAUAUGACUGUCACUCAUUUUCAACCAAAAACUUUUUAACACUUUUUAAAACAAGAAUUGCAAUCCUGUCCCUUUCCCAUUGCCCAUCACCUUGGGUUUUCAAAAUGAAAGCACAAGAGAAAGAGUGGGGUGCACAGGUGCCUGGCGCGUGCACAUCCCCUGCACAGCUGCGUUGUGCCCUGGCUGAGGGAGACGCAGUGCUGAGCAGUUGGACCCAGGAGGCCAAGGCCUCCUUUCUACUUGCCAAUCCCACUGCCAUUAGUGUGAAAUCUUUAGGGUGCUUUGGAAAACAGGAAUGUGCCUGAUUUGAUGGACAUUGUCUUUUUUUGGUAGCCCAUUGGAGGAAUUCAGAAUUCAGGACAGGAAAGUGUCUUUUUGUUAAGUAGUUGGAGCCAGAUGCUUCCCUUCUCCAAGUGCAUGGAGAUUCCCAGCCCCCAGCCAGAGUAGAUUUUUUUGACAACCAACUUGUAUUCCAUGAGAAAAAAAAAAGCACUGCCUCUAGAUUGUUCUUUUGUCCAAGUGAGAGCAAGAUGAUGGAGAGAGGCUCUCUGAAUCACCAAGGCUCUUUCUAGAAUAAUGUAUAUGCUCUGGCUCCUGUGUGUCCACUCACGGUCAAGGCUGAACUGCUUUUCAGCUUGACAAGGGAUGAAGCUCCAUUUCAGGGCUUCUCUGAUUCAGAAACAAGCACACACUCCCCCACUGAAGUCUACUAAUACUAAUCAGUGUAAUUAGCUAAUUUAAAAGUACUGUAAUCAGACUGCUUGCAGCUACUGUAAAAGCCCAUUAAUUUGAAGCCCACUAUAAUUCAGAACUUAGAGAAAAUCACAAUUUGAGAUAAUUCACGAUAGCUGCAAUUCCUGCUACAUAAAAAUAUUUAAAAGAUACUUCCCAUUGGUCAAUUUCCAGGGUCUUCUGUGUAAGAGGAAUCCAGUUUAAAGUGAGUCCCCUUUUCAAAGGAAGGGCUCAAGAUAUUAAGGAUCCCUUCACCGUGCCUUCAGCUUUGGGGUUCAGCAUUUCUCGUCUGUAAGGUUCCUUCUGUGCAGGGUGAUCCCUUGUUCUCUCUUCAUUGUGGGAAAUUUCAGCCUUUCACUCCACUCUUGUAUUUAUCCUCUGAAUAACAUAGUUUGUGAACUUGACUGCAAUUUUAAACACAAGUAUAUGUCUUUCUAAGUAUUCUGUAAAGCAGAUGUUGUGCUUGCAGACUGGCUGCUCCCAUCAUUUGCCCCCAAAUAUUUAAACUUCGGGAGCUUUUCCUUUCACAGGCUGUGGGCGGUGAGUCUCUCUCUCUCUCUAGCAGGAAUUUCUCUCACAAAGAUAUCCAAACAGCACACCCCCUUGGGCUCAACGCUCAACAGUUGUUUCACUGUACUGCUAUCUGACCGCUGAACAGUGCCUGCCCUUCUCCUGCCCCCAGCCAAGCAUUAACACAGAUACCCAGAAUGGGACCAGUACCCUAGCUGCUUUUGCCUCCCAAUCUGUCUCCUUUCACAGAUGCCACUUUCCCAGGCCUCAACACACGUGCUAUUUCACUCUGUAAUUGUGAAUUUGUGACAGUGGAAACCCUGGUAUGUGCAACUGAGCUUAUAGAAAUGAUUACUGUGAAAUGGAUUAAUUUUGGUACCACUUUAAAUUGUGCUCAUAUUCAUGUGUUGACCUAUGUCAGCUGGGAAAUCUGUGUAUUCAGUAAUAUGUCAGGAUUUUAUUAGAUCCUGGGGGCAACGAACAAACUUGCUUCUGACCUCUAUUGCUCUCGCUUUCUUGCUUUUUAUGAUUGUCGAGCUUUGCUGUUAACUUUUGUCUCUUUCUGUACAAGAAGAUAAAGAAUAAAAAUAAAGAGCAAACAACAUCCA